UGACACCCGAAGCUUCAGUGAGUCGGGAUCUUUUUCGAUCUUUGAUCAGCGGAGGCGAGAAACAAGAAUCCCCUUCCCCUUCCUUGCUUUCGUUCCCAGGGUAAGGGCUUGUCCAACGAAAACGAAGAAGAAACAGGACCUGUUGCUCUCGCCCCUGUCGUGUCGGCGGUCUGCCAUUCUUCGUAUCGUCUCGUAUCUAGGGCACCCGAUCCUGUCGACCGCAGCCUGUCCUUCAGGUAGAGCCUCUGCCCAAACCCCUACCUCCUCUCCUCUUCCCUCGGGACAGAUCCCCUUGAAGUAUGAAGCAAAUUUAAAAGAAAUCAAAGAAGAAAAAGAGGUACGGUAAGAAAUGGAGCAACAGAUGCAUCAGAUUGAACUGUGGGUUCGUCAGCUGCCAGUCGAGCAGCUCUACGCUGCUCUUGCUGUUCUCGUCGUUACUUUUGCUUUCUUUGCCAUCCUCCAUUUAUUGAAGCCCUCCAAGUCUACUACCAUAGUGCUUGCUGGAUUAAGUGGUAGUGGAAAAACUGCUCUCUUUUACCAGCUUCGUGAUGGCUCCACGCAUCAAGGAACCGUCACAUCAAUGGACCCAAAUGAGGGUACAUUUGUGCUGCACUCUGAAUUGGAAAAGAAGGGCAAACUGAAACCUAUCCAUUUGGUUGAUGUUCCUGGGCAUUCACGACUUAGAUCCAAACUUGAUGAAUUCUUGCCUCAUGCAGCUGGUCUCAUUUUUGUCGUGGAUGCUCUAGAUUUCUUACCGAACUGUCGAGCAGCUGCUGAGUAUCUGUAUGAUAUUCUGACUAAGGCGAGUAUAGUGAAGCGGAAAACCCCCAUCUUGAUAUUGUGCAACAAGGUAGAUAAAGUGACAGCACACUCCAAGGAAUUUAUCAAGAAACAAUUAGAGAAGGAAAUAGACAAGCUCCGUACAUCAAGAAAUGCCAUAUCUAGUGCUGAUAUUGCCGAUGAAUAUACCCUCGGCGUUCCCGGAGAAGCAUUCAGUUUUUCACAAUGCCGAAACAAGGUGAGUGUAGCAGAAGCAUCUGGCUUGACUGGUGAGGUCUCUCAGGUGGAGCAGUUUAUCAGAGAGCACGUGAAGCACUAGGAAUUGGCUUUAUGGCCAUAUUUUUUUUUUUCCCCAGAAUUGAUGGAUUUCGACUCUUUUUUUGUUGUAUAAAAAAAGGUUUAGCUGGUUCAUGAUUGACUGCAGAUGGCACUCUUGUUACCUCUUCAGUGUUUUUCUUAAAAUGCUGAGGCCACCCGUCUGUUACAUUUACAUUGCUAUAACUGUACUAGUGAUAGAAAGAAAAAGAAUAGUGUUGUUUGUAUACUUUGUCAUGCGAACAUGCUAUAUGAUGUCAAAUUUCAGAAUCUAUUCAAACCGUUUGGUUA